GCGGGAAAAGAAGGUAAAAGCUGCGAAAAGCAAACAAAAACUACCAAACCAAAAGCAAACUCUCUCAUCUCAUCUUUAGGCCAUUUUUAAUUUUAAGAACCAAAAGAAGAACAAGAAGAAAAGCAAAGCAAGCGCGCUAUAAUCUCUUUCUCAUUUUUCGUUUUCUUCUUUGAUUCUCUCUCAAAAGAGAGGAACCAAAAACUAAAGCAGAAAUAGCGAAUGAAACCGAGAUUCUACAAGAAAGAGUGUUUCAGUGUUCGCUCUUAACUAGAUCUGCGUCCUCUUCGUCAUUCUUCUGAUCUUCUUCUUCUUCUUCUCUUCUUUCAGGUACUUGCAUUUCUUCCUUUCUUAGAUCCUCGCUUUUGCAGUAAGCGAUUUCCGGUUUCUCAGUACGAGUUGCAACUUGAAAGCCUUCGAUUACUUCUUUCAGGAUUCGAUAGUUUAUUCUAUAUGCAUUAUAAUGUGAAUGUUGCCUCUCAAGAAUAGAAAACACUGUUUCUCUCGCUCUGUUUUUGUCACUUUUUUUGGCUGUGUUUUUGCUGGAUUUCGUUUAUGUCAUGAUGUCCAUUUUCUUCGAUCUUCUGUCUCGUAUAGUUUGUAGGCAUUUCUUUCCACGUAGAAUCUGCGGAAUGCUUAUGCGUGAUCGAUGGUUUUGGUGUUUGUUUGCCGAGAAAAUUAGGAACGACAUUGAGCGAAGUUUAGACGCUUACUUCGAGUACAGGGAAUGGAAUAGAUGAUCAUAAAGGAAUGACUCCCAUUUCUUCUGUGUCCCAUUCAUGUUCUGCUUAGCAAUUUUGUGUAGAAGAGAUGGAAGCUGGGGAAAGUAACAGUGGUAACGAGAGGCGUAUCAUAUCCAAGGAUUCUUCGUGGUUCAGUCAAUUCAGAAAUGCAUCCAAUCCAUGGAUGGCAAGAUAUGCCUAUGCGUUGAUUUUUCUUGUGUCAAAUCUUCUAGCAUGGGCUGCCCGGGACUAUGGUCGUGGUGCUUUAACAGAAAUGAAGAGACUAAAAGGAUGCAAUGGUGGAAAAGACUGUUUGGAUGCUGAAGGUGUUUUACGAGUGAGCUUAGGUUGCUUUAUAUUUUUUAUCGUAAUGUUUUUGUCAACUGCUCGUACUUCUAAACUGAACGAUGUGAGAGAUACAUGGCACUCUGGAUGGUGGUCGGUCAAGAUUGCUCUCUGGGUCGUCAUGACUAUCAUCCCAUUUUUACUCCCUUCUGAAUUUAUACAGAUUUACGGGGAGGUGGCUCACUUUGGUGCAGGGGUUUUCCUUCUUAUCCAACUAAUAAGCAUUAUCAGCUUCAUUACAUGGCUGAAUGAAUGCUGUGAGUCCGAAAAAUUUGCAGCAAGAUGCCGAAUUCAUGUGAUGUUGUUUGCGACGACUGCAUAUGUUGUCUGUUUGGUGGGGAUAAUUUUGAUGUACAUUUGGUAUGCACCAAAGCCAUCUUGCCUCCUCAACAUUUUCUUCAUUAGUUGGACCUUAGUACUUCUCCAACUUAUGACAAGUGUGUCUCUGCACCCAAAAGUUGAUGCUGGCAUUCUAACUCCAGGGCUGAUGGGACUUUAUGUUGUCUUCCUUUGUUGGUGCGCCAUUAGAAGUGAACCUGCAGGAGGAAACUGCAUCAGGAAGUCUGACUCUACGACAAAAACAGACUGGCUAAGCAUCAUUAGCUUUGUUGUUGCAGUACUAGCAAUCGUUAUUGCGACAUUUUCAACGGGCAUAGACUCCAAAUGCUUCCAGCUCAAGAAGGACAAUACACCACCAGCAGAGGAUGAUGUACCUUAUGGCUAUGGCUUCUUCCAUUUUGUUUUUGCCACGGGAGCAAUGUAUUUUGCUAUGCUAUUGAUUGGGUGGAAUAGUCAUCAUUCUAUGAGAAAAUGGACAAUUGAUGUGGGUUGGACCAGCACCUGGGUAAAAAUAGUAAAUGAAUGGUUGGCAGUCUGCGUAUACUUGUGGAUGCUGAUAGCCCCAAUCAUAUGGAAUAUCAGACAUAUUGGUUCUACCUGAGAACGUCAGAAACAUAAACCAUUCUAGUUUUGAUAUAUUUUUUUUCUUCUAGAAUUACUAUCUUCAGAUAGUUCCAUAUCUCAGAUGUACAUGCAGUGAGACUCCUCCAGCUUUCAGAUAGAAAAAGAAUUGCAAUUCCAAAACCAAGGAAAUUCUCUGGCAGAAACCAUUCUUUUUGAGUGGGCAUUAUACAGAAGCAAUGGAUCUGGCACCAAUGCACAUAUGCUACUGCUUGGAUUGGUUCAAUAUAUAUAUUCCAAGGAUGGGAUUGAAAUCACCACUCCCAACUUUGUUUGACUUGUUGCCCAUCAAUCAAAGCCUGACACGUGGAUUAAAAAUUUUAAAUAUCUUUUAUUAUUUUUUGUCUUACACCCUGUAACUGUAGCAAUUACUCUUCUACCUUAAGUAAUAUUCUUCAAGUAA